GAAUUAGCAACUCGUUGCAACUCACGAAAAGUGUAAGUUAUGUAAAAGCGUUUACAGAUUACCUUGAACACGUCCAAACUUGCAACUUCUACAAAGCAUAUAACAUUGCAAUCGACGACGGGGAUUUCUUUAAUAUAUCGGGAGCAUCACCGAGAGCAUCAUCGGGACACAGAUUUUGUAAUAUAUCGCAAGCAUCACCGAGAGUAUAAUCGAGCACAGAUUUUGUAAUAUAUCGCAAGCAUCAUUGUGUACGGCAACGCAAAAACGGUAGUAUGAGUCAUCAAGAGCAGGAGCUGUACGAGCAGGCCGCUCAAUUAAGGUCGAAGGAUGAAUACAAUUUAUGGGAACAUCGAUUUGAUGAUUAUCUCAAUUCGUUGGAGGAACGAAGUCGAAUAAAGAGACCGCGACUCUCAAUCGGUGAAAAACAAUCACUGAUUGCUCGUAUCGCUAGAUUGGAAAGUCUGAAAGAUUCGACACGCAUUCGAUUUGUACAUGUGGGUGCUGGACACAGUGCAAGACUCAGAUGGCGUGAAAUUGAUACGGCUUUCGUUAACCGUAUAUUGACCGGUGUGGUGAUAAAUUCUAACCAUAUAGAGCCCCGCAAUUUUCUCGAAGAUGCUAGGGACAUUGUACUCGAUCAUGUGUGGAACAUUGUGCUGAAACAUGACAGUGUAAAAAUAAAUACUAUAUUUAACGGUGAAUUUGUGGCUGGUAAUAAAUGUGCAAACAAAAGUGUUAACACAAAAAAUUGUGAACUGUUUCGCUUGUCUGACCUACGCGAAUGGUAUGAUUUACGCGUCAUCGAACCCAUUCUAGCAUCCUUAGACGAGUUUCAGGAACGCGAUAGUGGGUGGGCGCUGACGCGUAUACUUAAUUUAACUGUUAAUGCAAAUAAAUUUAUGCCGAUGAAGGCAGGAUGUACCAUACAAUUACCGCGUGAGAUACAACUAAAGAAAGCUGUAAUCAGCGUAUGCUCGACGGACAACGCAUGUUUCGCAUGGUCAGUGGUGGCUGCUCUGCAUCCAGCCAAAAAUCACAUAUAUCGGGCAUCGACAUAUCCUCAUUAUACAACAGUGUUGAAUAUCCAGGAUAUUGAAUUUCCAAUGACUUUGAACCAAAUUAAAAAGUUUGAACAUAUUAACAACAUCUCCAUCAACGUCUAUACCAUUGAGAAUAAGAAGGUGCUACCGAUACGAGUCGCCGAUAAGAAGAUGGAGAGGCAUGUCAAUUUGCUGUAUUUAGAAGGAGCAAACGGCGUGGGACAUUUCGCAUGGAUCAAGAAUUUAUCUCGUCUCGUGAGCACGCAAUUGAGUAAACAUAAUGGUCGAAAAUACUUUUGCGAUAGAUGCUUGCACUACUUUAGUUCAAAUGAGAAGCUGGAAGCUCACACCAUGGAUUGUGAGAAGAUGAAUGAUUGUGCAAUCAUAUUACCAAAUGAUGAUGGUAGGAAGUGGCUCAGCUUCAGCAACUACAGCAGGAAAGAGCGUGUUCCGUUUAUCGUGUAUGCCGAUCUGGAAUGCAUCCUGGAGAAAACGGAUACUGAUCGAGAAGCGCCAAGAUACACAUAUCAGCAUCAUCGUGUAUUUAGUGUGGGAUACUAUGUGCGGUGCUCGUACGACGACUCGUUAUCUACGUUUCAAUAUCGUCGCGAUCCUGACUGCGUGUCAUGGUUUGUGAGACAACUCAAAGAUUUGUCGCAUCGUGUAAAGUCCAUUUUAUCGACCAAUGUACCCAUGGAAAAUUUAUCAACUGAACAAUUGCAAAAUUUUAAUACUGCAGCACACUGUCACAUAUGUGAAAGACCGUUUGCACAAGAUGACAAACGGGUACGCGAUCAUUGUCAUUUGACCGGUCGGUACAGAGGCCCCGCACAUUCAAAUCACAAUCUAAAUUAUAAAGACGCAUUUGUCAUCCCCGUGGUUUUUCACAAUUUAUCCGGUUAUGAUUCACAUUUUAUUAUCAAGGAGAUAGCCACGGCAUUUGAGGGCGACGUCACUGUAUUGCCGAUAACAAAAGAGAAGUACAUUUCAUUUACAAAAUACAUUGAAUGCACGGAUGAAGAAUGGAACUCGCGCAAGCGCAUAAAAUUGCAAUUCAUCGAUUCGUUUAAAUUUUUAAAUACAAGUCUCGAGAAAUUGGCAUCUUUUCUUAGUAAAGAUAAACUUCAAAUUACACGGUCUGAGUUUCAAAAAUUAUCUACGGAAGAUUUUGAUUUAUUGACACGGAAAGGGGUGUUCCCGUACGAGUACAUUGACUGUGUCGAAAAGUUGGAGCAAUCAUGUUUGCCAUCGCGCAAUUCAUUUUACAGUUCCUUGACUGGCGAUACAGUAUCCGAAAAUGACUACGAACACGCCGUCAACGUGUGGACGCGGUUCUCCAUUCAAACGCUCGGCGAGUAUAGCGAUUUGUAUCUAAAGACUGAUGUCUUGCUGUUGGCAGAUAUUUUUGAAAAUUUUCGCAAUAGUUGCAUCACAAGUUACGGACUCGAUCCCGCGCACUAUUAUACUCUGCCAGGUUUUACGUGGGAUGCCAUGCUGAAGCAUACACGUAUCAAUUUCGAACUUCUUACCGAUAUCGACAUGGUCCUAUUCAUCGAACGUGGUAUACGCGGUGGUUUAAGUCAAUGUUCCAACAGACGCGCACGAGCCAACAACAAGUACAUGCAGUCGUACGAUGCAUCGCAACCGUCGUCAUAUUUAAUGUAUUUCGAUGUAAAUAAUUUGUACGGCUGGGCAAUGUGUCAACCAUUGCCAUACGCCAAUUUUCAGUGGGUCAACAACAAAGAUAUAGAUGUAAUGGCCAUAGCGUUAGACUCAACGAUGGGGUAUAUUUUGGAAGUCGAUCUGGAGUAUCCACAACAUCUGCAUGAUGCACACACAGAUUUACCGUUCUGCCCAACGCGCGAUAAACCGCCCGGCAAGCGCCAGGAAAAGCUCCUCGCAACUCUAUACGAUAAGAAUCGUUACGUAAUACAUUACCGCAAUCUGCAGCAAUGUAUUCGUCACGGCCUUCGCGUAACUGAAGUUCACCGCGUAUUACAGUUUUCACAAUCGCCAUGGCUUCGCGAUUACAUCGAACUAAAUACAAAGUUUAGAACUCUUGCCACAAAUGAUUUUGAGAAAAAUUUAUACAAGUUAAUGAACAAUGCAGUGUUUGGUAAAACUAUGGAGAAUGUGCGCAAUCAUGUAGAUGUAAAAUUAGUAACAAAAUGGGAAGGGAGAUAUGGUGCGGCGGCAUUGAUCGCUAAACCAAAUUUUCACAGUCGCAGCAUAUUUUCGGAAAACUUAGUUGCAAUCGAGCUGCGCAAACUGUCCGUAAAAUUGAACAAACCAAUCUAUGUGGGUAUGUGUAUACUAGAUAUAUCUAAGGUUUGUUUGUAUGAAUUCCAUCACGACUACAUGUUACCCACACAUAGCGAUAAAUGUAAAAUGAUGUAUACCGAUACAGACAGUUUAAUUUAUCACAUCGAGUGUGACAAUAUUUAUGAACUUAUGAUACGAGACAUUGCCCGAUUUGACACGAGCGAUUAUCCAUCAGAUAAUCGAUAUGGUAUUCCGCUUGUCAAUAAGAAGAUACCAGGUUUAAUGAAAGACGAAAAUAAUGGUGCGAUUAUGACCGAAUUUGUUGGACUGAGAGCAAAGAUGUACGCCAUGCAAGUCGAUGGCAAGAACGAUACGAAGAAGGUGAAAGGUGUCAAGAGUAAUGUUGUAGCACGAACUAUAACAUACGAUGAUUAUGUGCAAUGUUUGAUGGGCGAGGUUGAAAAGAUUUGCCACCAAUCGUGUAUAAGAUCCACGUUGCAUGAAGUGUACACGUGUAGUAGUCUUUGUUCCGGGCAAGUCAGGAAUGAAGCACUAAUGUAA